AAAUAAAAAUAAACAAAAAAAUCCAUUUCCCCAACUCCAUAUAUUGCACAGCCCAAUCACCGAAAGUCAAGAGUAGCGGGAAUGCGGCCGAAACCACCUAGGUUCCAGCCUCUUUGUUCCGAGAACCAAGGCUACAGACGCGCUUUUAAAUCGUAGAGUGACCCGUUAAGAAAGAUGGAGCAAUGAGGGUUGGGUGUUUGUGGUACGGGGAACUGGUUAGACUUUUUAGUGACCAGCAAGCGCCUAUCAACGCAUCAAAGUCGACAGUUUAUGCAUGGCCCGUAAAGUCAAAAGGUCAAGAGGGCUCGUGCUGGCUGCUGGUCCGCGUCUCUGUACUUGACCUUAUUUGGUUUCGUUACCUGUAUUCUACCAGGUACUGCGUAUGUGAGGCUUAUGGCCUACACACACGGGGCGCAGUAGUUGACUUGGGGCAAUUUAUAGCCCCCAAGCUGAAUGUUUGUGGCGAAAAAAAGAGAAAAAAAAAGAAAAAAAAAUAUCUACCCCAACCAACAAGAGUGUAUCCCUACACCUUGCCCGAUAUUAUUAUUCCCUAUCAGCUGAAUCCAGGUGAGAAAAGGGCCAAGAAUAGAACUAAAAGAAAAAUCAAACAAAAAGUGCCCCUCUCACCUUUCGUUGACCAGCUGUAUCAACCGAGGGUAGAUAGGUACUAGGUUAGGUAUCCUAACAGGUAAUUGGAGUACGAGGAAAUGGGCAGGUACGGUAAUUUAGAUAGGGCGGUAUUGAAAAUUACAGACCUACUUCCCGUAAGUAGGUAGUACUCUCCGUAGUAGUAAUCGGUGGACGGACCAGGCGGUAUUGCAGGUUGUC